CACAGACAGAGGUAUUUGACCCGAUGAAAGUACAGGCAUGUAAACGCAAAGGAGAAUCGACACCAUUUCUUACACUGGCUACAUAAAAAAACUAUGAAACGGAAUAUUAAAACAGAGAGGACUGAUAACUGACGUUUUGACGUUGCUCAAACCCCCCAGCACAAAGUACCUGAUGAAUUCCACCAUAAGCAGCUCCCAUGAUGUCCUGGAACUGGCCUACGAAGACCUGGAUGCGCCAAAGCCUGCUGUCACAGAUGGAAGCCAGUCAAAGGUUGAAGCCAAGCCUGUACCUACUCCCAGGUCUGAACGAGCCCAGUCCCAGUGUAACGAUAACAUUGUUGAUUCUGCAGACACAACUAGCAACACAACCAAUGCAGUGAAUUCCCAACUUGGUGAAUAUCCUGCAGACUAUAAGACACCUCGCCCUGUUCGCCCUCCGCCCAGACCACCACUGAGAAAAUGUAUGACCGCCACCAAACUCAAAAAAGCAGUCAACGAAGACUAUCACUGUAUAAGUUCAAACUCUGAGCCAACUCCUCCAGCUGUUACUCCUGAGAAAACCCAAUCUCCUUCUCCGCCACCUCGCCCUAAACACCGCCCUAAAAUGGGACUAAAAUCUGAGAGCUACACUGAUGAGAGUCAGCAGUCUGGAUACUACUACAUCAGCUCUAUGGGAGAAUCUCGUGCAUCAGCUGCUUCUGAAGAAGAGGUGAACCCCUGCAGGACAACGGCCACAAACAGCACUGACAGACCUGCGGUCCCGCCUCGAUUCAGAAAGUCCUCCCUUCCCUGCUCUACCUCGUUGUAUGAAACCUCGCUUUUACAGGCCACUGACAGACCUGCAGUCCCGCCUCGACUCGGUCCGUCCCCCCUCCCCUGCUCUGCCUCGUUGUGUGAAACCUCGCCUUUGCAGCCUCCACCGCCGUCAUUCACCCCGCCACCCCCACCUUCAAAAGGGAAAACAUUGGAGUCAGUGUGCAGUGAGAUACAGGAUCCUCUCUACCUGGAAAUACUGCCAGAGGAUGUAGAUAAGAGGACAAUUGAGAGGCCAACAGUACGCUACCAGAGUGGCUGCUGCUCCCCUCAUCAACAGACCCCCGAGGAUAAAGAGGACAUCAUUGGGUUGUUGAGAUGGUUGAUACGAGUGUCAAAAUCUGAUUCCAUGGCUCCGUCAUUGUAUGGCGUCAGUAUAGAGGAGGAAAUAAGAUCAUUUAAUCAGAGGGCGAUAAAUGUGAGAAAGGCUCUGCGUCUCUACAACCUUCUCAUGAUUAAGCGCAAUGACAGCCUGCGGACCAUCAUCGGUGAGUUCCGCUCCAUCUCCAACAGCCUGGACAAGAUGAAGAAGACAGCCAAAACCAUGGACAUUGCUGGAGGCACCACAGGUGCUGUUGGAGGGGUGACCGCAGUCUUGGGUAUCGUCUUUGCUCCUGUCACACUGGGUGCCUCACUUAUUGCUACAGCUGUUGGUGCUGGUAUGGUGGUGUCCGCUGGAGGUAUGGGCGCCCACUCAGUUAAAGUCAACAAGAAGAUUGUGAACAAGAUGACAGUUGAGAAACUAGUAUAUGAAUAUAAGGGAAAUGUUGUAGACCUGGAACAUUGUCUGGAGUUUAUCCUCUCUGGGAUGAAUGAGCUGCGAAGGCACGACAUUGCCAGGUUACAGAGGGCAGGAGCCCAGCCUGAUGCACUGAAGACGGUACAUCUGUCACAGUCAGUGUUAAACACGACCAACGGUAAGAAGGCAUCUAAUGCACACACAGGUGGGAUGUCCUCCGAAAGGUUGCUUCAGGACUUUGUCAAGGAAAUGGAUCAGUAUUUUACAGAAAAGGAUGACCAGAAGCUGAAGAAGUCAAACAGGAGCAGGUUUUCUGGUAGAGUUCAACUGCUGGCAAAAAAUCUAGAAGAUGAUCUAGAUCAUCUGAAUCGUAUGUGGGAAAUGUUUAGUUGAAUCAAAGGUGUGCGUGUGUGUGCGUGCGCGUGUGUGUGUGUGUGUCUGUGUGUGUGUGUGUGUAGUUCAAGAUUGGUUAUUCUACCAUUCAUGAUGAUGCUAAAUUAACCCGCAGAAUCACCCACAUUGUUAAAUUAACACUUGUAGGCUAGCACCUGUAGGGCUUACGAGGUUUUAGUUUGACAGUAGAAGACAUGCAUGGAAUGUGACACAAAAACACUGGCGGAGUGAUAAUGUGGGCUGGGCGGAAGGAUACUACCAGCCUAUCCUAAAACUAUAUACAUCAGCACCGCGCCACCACAUGCGCCAUUUUCCUUUCCUUCGAAGAAACAGACGAAGAGACAUCAUUGUUGAUCAUCGCUCUACUGGCCGAAAUGGCAGUGUGAAAGUGCCGCGACCCAGCAGCCAACAAAACAGUGCAUCCAGCCAGUGCACUGAGUUACUUCUAAUUCAGCAACAUGUCGUCCUACGUGGAAACCCUCAGCACUGCUGCAUUCGACAGCAUAAAAGAGUUCGAGACUUUCCUAUCAUCGAUACGCACUCCGUUUGUGACCAACAACAGCCACUAU